UUCAAACCAGUCACUCUUUUCACGGCUUCCAGCCUACCACACUCUUUUUUAUUAUACAUAAUAAUUUAGGUCGCUUCGCAGCUUCUUAACAACAAUCCCGUUUUCCUACCUUACCAAUUACUAUAUACCGUAAUUCCUAAAUCCAACCUUCAAGAUGCAGUUCACCAUCUCCGCCGCUGCCCUCAUGGCUUUCGCCGCCCAGGCUCUUGCCCAGGUCGCUGACUUCGACCCCGUCCUCACCCCCAGCAACUGGGAGCAGGUCCAGACCGGUGAGACCCUCGAGAUCACCUGGCAGGCCAAGCCCAAGUACUCCGGCGAGAAGAUCUCCAUCUCUCUGAUCGGUGGUGCUACCCAGAACACCCAGGUCCCCAUCAAGACCAUUGCUACCGGUGUUGACAACGACGCUGCUUCCUACUCCUGGAAGAUCGACUCUUCCGUCGGCACCAACAACGUCUACGGUCUCGUCCUCAAGCUCGAGAGCAACCCCGAGGUUUUCCAGUACUCUUUCCCCUUCAAGAUCGAGGGUGGCAAGGAGAAGCCUUCCGAGGCUGAGGAGAAGCCCUCCAAGACCGAGGAGAAGAACGACUACGAGCUCCCCACUGAGGCUCCCAAGCCCACCAAGGAGGCUUACCCCGUUCCUCACACCACCGUCGUUGCUGUCCACGAGACCGUCACUGUCCCUUGCAACACCACCACCGUUGGCGGUUCUCCUACCACCUUCGUCCCCGUUGUCAAGACUCACUACCCCGUCCCUCCUCCUGCUCACCAGGCUCCUCCUGCCAACAACAACGGCACUGCUCCCCACCCUCCCGUUUACACUCACCCUGCCCAGCCCAACGUUCCCGUUGUUCCCACCAAGCCCGCUGGCCAGCCCCCUGUCUACGGCCAGCCUACCCCUACUCCCGUCCCUGUCUCCGGUGCUGCCCGUUUCGGUGCUCCCGUUGCCCUGGUCGCUGGUCUCGUCAUGGCCGCUUUCGCUCUGUAAGCGGAGUCACGCACUUGAUCUUUGGUUCUAGCGUGGCGUCAUGACUUCAUGACUGCAUUUUAGAGGGUUUUCUCAUUUCUUCUGGGUAUGGAGCAGACUGGGUAUAUUAGGACUCUGUUGCGCACAUACAUUGCUUCUUUUGUUGGUAUUUAUGAGACGGAAGGUUUUCUGGAUUGUUAAUGUAUUGAGGAAAAAACUAUAAAACCCAAUUUGGGUUAUUUGUCUUGAUCAAUUUUCUCCGAUGUAGCUGCCCCGUGUUCCUCUGCCGCUACGUCGAAUAGACAUAUGACCCAACUUUUGUUUUCCCAGGGAUCAUCACCUUCUAGUGUUAUGAAUAUGAAUACUAAGAUACCCCAUUUUAUUUUGACAAUUGCAUCUUAAAACAAAGCUCGUGUAUUCUGUCUUUUGCGUGAUUUUGGUAACCCGACUAACUUUGUAGUAAUAUUGUGAUUUUCGGUAUGUGAAACCGCUGGGACAAACGUGCAUAUCA